CUCUGAGUGCAACGUGCUACAUACCCACAAUACAAUUCAGGAAGUGGGGCGCGCUCCCGCCUCUUAGGCCGAGUAACCGGUGAAUGAUUUUUCCCAUCAGUCUCCGCUUCGGACGAAUAAUACUCUUCUUCUCUGGCUGACCAUGGCGUUCACGUUCGCGGCCUUUUGUUAUAUGCUGGCUUUGCUUCUGACGGCGGCGCUCAUCUUUUUUGCUAUCUGGCACAUUAUUGCUUUCGAUGAAUUGAAAACCGACUACAAAAAUCCUAUAGACCAAUGUAACACCCUCAACCCUACAUUUGAAAAGCUCAAAAAGAUUAAAAGAGUCAAAAUUGCACUCAAGCUUGUGCUUCCUGAGUAUCUGAUUCAUGCUUUCUUCUGUAUCAUGUUUCUGUGUGCUGCGGAGUGGCUAACCUUGGGUUUAAACAUGCCUCUUUUGGCUUACCAUAUUUGGAGGUAUACGAGUAGGCCGGUCAUGAGUGGACCAGGACUGUAUGAUCCAACAACAAUCAUGAAUGCUGAUAUACUAGCCUACUGUCAAAAGGAAGGGUGGUGCAAGUUAGCUUUUUACCUUCUGUCAUUUUUUUACUACCUGUAUGGAAUGAUCUAUGUGCUGGUGAGCUCCUAAAGACACAGAUUUCUGAAGAUCGUGGUUCCAGUUCCAUGCAUGCAAAAGUUUAACACUAUAGGCAUUUGGUUUGGAAACAACUGAUUAUGUGCCAGAUUGAGUCCCUGGAUUGCGUUUCCUAAAUGGAAAAGUCUGCCUCCCAAAUUUUAAACCCAGUUUGCAUAUAGUGUGCUGCAGGGAAGAUUUUGGAUAUUUUAUGAAGACUGGAAAAUGUUUUAUUUUAUCAAGUAAAGAGCUGGUCAGGGUUUUUUAAAUUAUAUCCUUUAACCCCUUUAUUUACAGUGUAUCUAUCACAAUAUAACUUUCCUUUAUAUAAUGACCCCUGUUUAGUUAAUUUUUCAGGUAUGAUUUUGACAUAAUACCAAAUAGCCAUAGACUGGCUGCAGAUACACACAUGCUUUAAAAUUCUCAGUCUGCAGUAGAAAGGUUUACAAUGCAACUGAGUAGCUGUUUACCCUGUUAAAUAUUUUGCACUCCAUUAAAAAAACAAAAAACAAACUGAUGUUCGUAAAUUGGUCUGGUACAUUCAUAACUAGCAGCAAUCUCCUGUUUAAACUCAUAUUACCUUCAGUAGUGAUCCUAAAAUUGCUUGCACAUAUAAAUAUUUCAUAUACUGCCCCAAAACCCAGAAUUGGGUGUUGCAAUGCAGUGUUAACCGACCAGUGAUUCCGUAAGUGAACUUUCACAAGGCUGUGGGCACUGGCUUUCCGCAAUAUCGCUGCUUGUUGAUUCAUGAAGAUGAAUUAGAGUUUGGCCAACAAGUUUUUCUUUUGCACUAUGUCCUCUGACGAUAUUCAUCACUUCCAAGAAAUGUUUUUAAUUGGAAAGGCAUUAAAAUUAAAUAAUAAAAUGAAACGUUCAAAUUU